AUGGAUCAGGCAUCUCUACAAAAACUUCACGACUUGCUCUUGCAAACGACCUCCAAUGAUACUGCACUUGUCCGGGCUGCUACUGCUCAGCUGAAUCAAGACUUCUACAAGCACCCACUAUGCAUUUCAGGACUAACGACCAUCCUUGCCACUUCCCCACAAGAACCCGUUCGACAACUCGCCGCCGUCGAACUCCGAAAACGUGUCUCUCAAAACAGCGGAAAUCUCUGGACUCAACUUGAUCAAUCCAUCCGCGAACAGAUCAAGCAAGAUCUGCCCAAGCUCAUCUUGGAAGAAAAAAACAAACUCGCUCGGCAUUCUGCUGCUCGUGUUAUCGCUGCAAUCGCCAGCAUCGAAGUUCCUGCGGGAACAUGGUCAAACCUUCUCCCCCUCCUCGAAAGUGCUUGCCAGUCCAGCGAAGCUGGCCACCGCGAAGUCGGCUCCUUCAUCCUUUAUACCGUCCUGGAGAACAUCGUCGAAGGGUUCCAGGAGUAUCUGCCCAAGCUCUUCUCCUUGUUCGAGGCCCUCCUUCAAGACCCUAGCAUAGAAGUUCGCAUCACGAUCGUCCGUGCCCUUGGUGUCAUUGCCCAGUAUAUUGACAACGAUGAUAAAGCCUUGCUGAGGGCUUAUCAAAACCUGGUCCCUGCCAUGAUUAACGUCAUUGGCCAGACAGUGGAGGCAAACGACGAGACCGGAGCAAGGCAACUAUUCGAUGUUUUGGAGACCCUGUUGAUUCUCGAAAUCCCUGUCUUGGGUCGCCACGUCCCCGAACUCGCUGCAUUCCUCUUGCAAUGCGGUGGUAAUGUUAACUUCGAUCCUGAACUCCGAGUUCUUGCCCUUAACGCCCUUAACUGGACCGUUCAAUACAAAAAGAGCAAGAUCCAGAGUAACAACCUUGCGCCUCAGAUCCUCGAAGGUCUCAUGCCCAUCACCACCGAGGCUGAGCCCGAAGACAUUGACGAUGACGCACCCUCUCGAUCUGCUCUCCGCAUUGUUGACGGACUUGCAACCAACUUGCCGCCCGAUCAAGUCUUCCCUCCCCUCCGCAACCUCAUCCUCAAGUUCUUCCAAUCCGCAGAUCCCGCUCACAGGCGGGGUGCUAUGCUCGCCCUUGGUGUCUCUGUCGAGGGCUGCAGCGAGUUCAUGACCCCUUUGAUGGGCCACGUCUGGCCUUUCAUCGAGGCUGGACUUCAGGACGGCGACGCCGGUGUUCGAAAGGCAACCUGCAUUGCUGUCAGUUGCCUUUGCGAAUGGUUGGAGGAUGAGUGCGUUUCCAAGCACGAAGCUUUGAUGCCUGCCAUCAUGAACCUCAUCAACGACCCCACCACUCAAAAAUCGGCCUGCACGGCUCUUGACGCACUUCUCGAGAUCCUGCACGACCACAUUGACCAGUACCUCCAAAUGAUUAUGGAACGCCUCGCUGGUCUCUUGCAAACCGCCCCCAUUUCUGUCAAGGCUGUUGUCACUGGUGCCAUUGGCAGUGCUGCUCAUGCCUCUAAGGAGCGCUUCUUGCCCUACUUCGAGCAGACCAUCAAGAUCCUUGCCAGCUUCCUGACUCUCACUGAGGAGGGCGAAGAGAUCGAGCUCCGAGGUAUCACCAUGGAUGCCAUUGGUACCUUUGCUGAAGCCGUCGGCGCUGACCAGUUCAGACCCUACUUCGCUGACAUGAUGGGUUGUGCUUUCAAGGGUCUCGAAAUGGGUAGUGCCAGGCUGAGGGAGUGUAGCUUCCUCUUCUUCGGUGUCAUGGCCCGCGUUUUCGGAGAAGAGUUUGCUCCUUACCUGCCUCAAGUUGUUCCUGCCCUGCUCACCAGCUGCAAGCAACUCGAACAAGGAGAGGAAGAGCUUUCCCUUUCCAUCGCCGAGGCAGCCCAAGCCUUCACCUCUGGCUCUUCUGCUACUGAGCCUAUCAACGUCAACACUGAGCUUGAUAUCAACGGCAACACCUCCAUUGAGCUUGAGGAUCUCGACGUUGAGAAGAUGAUGGAUGUUAACAGUGCUCUCGCUGUCGAGAAGGAGAUCGCCGCUGACACCAUGGGCACUUUUUUGGUUUCCACUGGGGGCCAUUUUUUGCCUUUGGUUGAGGAAUCCACCAUCGUGAAGACUUUUUACGAGCUUAGUGACCAUAAGGAAUGGGUUCCCGGAAUGAAAGUCGUUCACCCUGUCAGCCCCCAGGUCAAGGAAUUGAUUGAGCAUGUCAUUGAGCCCUUGAUGGAGAUGUACGACACUGAAGACAACAAGAAUGUUGUGUCCGCUCUCUGCGUCGGGUUCGCCGAUGCCAUCAACAAGAUUGGCCCUGCUUUCAUUGAGGGCAGAAUCGAACCCAUUUGCAACAUUGCCAUCGAGAUCUUGGAGCAGAAGGCACUUUGCCAGCAAGAUCCUGACCAGGACGAGGACGAUGAGGCUCCCGAGUACCAGGCUGAGUACGACUCUGUUUUGAUCUCCUCUGCCGGAGACCUUGUCGCUGCCCUUGCCAACGCCCUCGGCGUGGAAUUUGUCCCCGCGUUCAACACGUUCUACCCGCUCAUCGCCAAAUACUAUAGGAAGAACCGCUCUCUCAGUGAUCGCUCGUCGGCCAUCGGCUGCUUCGCUGAAAUCAUUUCCGGCAUCAAGAAUGGUGUCACGGAGCACACCGCAGCCCUCCUUGAACUCUUCCAGAAGGCACUGAACGAUGAAGAACCAGAGGUGCUCAGCAACGCGGCCUUCGCUAUCGGCCUUUUGGUCGAGUACUCUGAGCACGACCUUUCGUCUCAAUAUCUCCCUAUCCUUGGCCACCUUCGCCCUCUCUUCGAAGUUCCCGCCGAUGCUCCUAGCACAAGACUGAAUGCCAAGGACAACGCUACUGGCGCUGUUGCUCGAAUUAUUACGCGAAACGCUGCUGCUCUCCCUCUCGACCAGGUCCUCCCCAUCUUCCUCUCCGCCCUUCCUCUCAAGACCGACCUUCUCGAAAACCGACCUGUCUUCCGCGCUUUCUUCCACCUCUUCAACACCAACGGUGCCGCUUUACUUCCCUACAUGGACACCAUCCUGAGCGUGUUCGCCUAUGUCCUCGACCCCAGCAAGCCUGACCAAGUUGGAGAUGAGGUCAGGGCUGAGCUUCUCCAGCUCUUGCGUGCCAUCAACGCUGAAGCACCUGAGAAGAUCCAAGCCGCGGGUCUCGCUGUAUAUGUGUAA